UGUUCCUGAGGUUUGUUUUGGUUGAAAAAGCUGCAUGACUUUUGUAUUAAAGCAUGGCGAUCCCUAUAGCCAUCUUGGACUGUGAUCUGCUCUUACAUGGUCGAGGCCACAAGACCCUGGACCGCUUUGACCUGGGCUCUGUCCCAGACACUGUCCUCCUCUCGCAAUUUGGCUUCCCCAGAGAGUUCAUUCUGUAUCUGGUGGAAUUACUCCGAGAGGCUCUCUGCAGACGGACACAGCGGUCCAGAGCCAUCAGUCCUGAGGUCCAGGUGUUGGCUGCUUUGGGCUUCUACACAUCUGGCUCAUUCCAGACAUCUAUGGGAGACACUAUAGGGAUCAGCCAGGCGUCAAUGUCAAGAUGCGUGUCCAACGUGACCAGAGCCCUGGUGGAGAAAGCGCCCCAGUUCAUCAUGUUCAACAGAGAUCCCUCCAGCACAGAGCAGUUUCAGAGGGUGGCAGGAUUCCCAGGAGUACUGGGGGUGCUGGACUAUGUUCAGGUCACCAUCAAAGCUCCCAACAGCGAAGACUCGUCAUACGUGAACAAGAAGGGGUUUCACUCCGUGGGCUGUCAGCUGGUUUGUGAUGCCAGAGGGUUGCUGCUCAGCGCAGAGACACACUGGCCUGGAGGUCUCAGAGACACGGAUGUUCUAGAAAGAUCUGCUCUCCACAAACAGCUGCAGGACACAGAGGAGGGCUGGCUGCUGGGUGACCGUCGUUACCCUCUAAGGAAGUGGUUGAUGACCCCGGUCGACUGCCCAGAGUCUCCUGCAGAGUUUCAAUACAACCUGGCCCACACGACUACACACGAGAUAGUGGACAGAACCUUCAGAGCCAUCCAGACCAGAUUCAGAUGUCUGGACGGCACCAAAGGAUACCUACAGUAUUCUCCAGAGAGGAGUUCGUCCAUCCUGCUGGCCUGCUGCGUGCUCCACAACGCCUCCCUGCAGUCUGGAUUAGACGCCUGGACUCUGGAGAGAACCGACCCCCUGGAGCAGCCCGAGAGCCUCGAACAGAGACCCGAGGACCGCGACAGCCAGGCAGAGGACCUCCGAAAACAGCUAAUACUCAAACACUUCAGCUGAACUGCUGGUCGAAAAGGAAACAAGACUAAAUCAAGACUAGGACCUUUUUUUUUUUUUUUUUUAAACAAAUGACAUAAAAGUCGCAUUUGAAGCAAGAAAGUCCACAGACACAGUGUUGCUGAUGCAGGUUUUUUAUAUUUUGCUCGUUUCUACUCUACUGACUACACUAAGAUAACAUAGUUGUAUAUGGAGGAGCAUGCAAGACGCUAUACAACAAACCAAGACAACAUUAAACCCAAACACAUUUGAAAUAACUGCAAUCGCUGGAAAGUGCUUGAUUACUUCUCCUCAAAACAUUUUCACGAAGAGGUACGAAUAAUCAAGCACUCCCUGGUGUUUUACAACUAUUUGAACUGUGUGCAGCUGCUGUGUUGUCAAAGUUUCUUUACAAGUGGAAAAAGUCACCCUCCCUUUAUUUUUACCCCCCCCCCCCCCCUCAUUUACAUAUCCU